CCCAUCACAAUUUCGCAAACAUUAUUAGGCCUGCUGUGGUUACAAGUGUAUAAACCGAAAAAAACUAGAGAACAGCUAGUGCUGUGCGUCCUUGAAGGAAGUGCGUAGCUAAACUAGAUCAAGACGCAAAAAAAACCAGUUCGAGGAAACAUAGCGAUGCCGCCUCGUCGCAAACGUACAGCUGCGGCCAAGUCCACAGAUACUUUGGCAAAGAAGGCGAAAGAAGAAACUGCAGAUGAAACAAACGAUCGUAAGCAGAGUCAAGACGUCGGUGGUGGUGGGCCCUUCGUGUUCAUUGAGCACUGCAAAUCAUGAUCCGUGUUCAAGCGCAAGGCGACAGAGGUCCAUUCGGAACUGUGUGAGCUUGCGCCGGAGCAGAACUUCCAGCUUGUUCUGAAUGAAAGUGGUAAGCCGCGUCGUGGUUCAUUCGAGAUUGCCAUCGCCAAGGAGAGGGAUGGUAAACAGGUGCUGGUUUGGUCUGGGCUGCCUAAGGGGCCGCCAAGAAAGGACAAAUUCCCGGACGUGAAAAGCAUCCUCGACGACGUCCUGAAGGCGUUGAAAUAAGUUGCGUCCCUAACGCCAACUGGAUAGGUCAUUUGUACGUGCAACAACUUAUGCACUACCUUUGGGCCCGCUAUGCCGUGUGAUGAGGCUGGAGAAAACCUUAAAUGGACUCUAGUGUCUAAAGUUUUGCAUGCAGCCAAGAGGUAGGUGUAAUAAAUUGUGGUAUUUACAAACUGGUCGUCCGUGAGAAAGUACAAAUACACGAAAUACACUCAGGUAAU